GGCUCGAGCCGUGGCCCUUCGCGGAGCCCCGAGCGCUCCCAGGAGCCCGCGCGGGCCUCCCGACCGCGCCCACGGAUGGUCGCCGCGGGAUACCUCCACACGGUGCUGCUCAGGAGCGACGGCACGGCCGUGGCCUUCGGCGCGAAUCGCUACGACCAGUGCAACGUGCCGGCGCUGGACGGUGGCCUGAGCUACACGCAGGUCGCCGCGGGAAGUCUCCACACGGUGCUGCUCAGGAGCGACGGCACGGCCGUGGCCUUCGGCGCGAAUCACCGCUGCCAGUGCAACGUGCCGGCGCUGGACGGUGGCCUGAGCUACACGCAGGUCGCCGCGGGAAGUUUCCACACGGUGCUGCUCAGGAGCGACGGCACGGCGGUGGCCUUCGGCGCGAAUCGCCACGACCAGUGCCACGUGCCGGCGCUGGACGGUGGCCUGAGCUACACGCAGGUCGCCGCGGGAAGUGGCCACACGGUGCUGCUCAGGAGCGACGGCACGGCCGUGGCCGUCGGCGCGAAUCAUCGCGGCCAGUGCCACGUGCCGGCGCUGGACGGUGGCCUGAGCUACACGCAGGUCGCCGCGGGAGACCUCCACACGGUGCUGCUCAGGAGCGACGGCACGGCCGUGGCCUUCGGCGCGAAUAACUGCGGCCAGUGCAACGUGCCGGCGCUGGACGGUGGCCUGAGCUACGCGCAGGCCGCCGCGGGAAGUGGCCACACGGUGCUGCUCAGGAGCGACGGCACGGCCGUGGCCGUCGGCGCGAAUGGCUCCGGCCAGUGCCACGUGCCGGCGCUGGACGGAGCGCUGACGUACACCGCGCGCGUGCUCGUCGGCGCGACGCUGCUCCUGCAGGCGUCGCUCGACGGCGGCGCGGUGCGCUUCCUGACCCUGGGCGGGGUGGAGCGCUGCCGGGUGCGGGUGGCGCCCGGUGCGCCGCUCGCUGGCGUGCGCGACUGGCUGGCGGGCGAGCUGGGCGCGGGCAGGCUGGGCCCCGGGCUCGGCCGCGCCGACGCGGCCCUGCCAGGCGGACGGCUCCUGAGCGGGGCCUCGGCGGGCGAGACCGUCGCGGACGCCUUCGGGUUGUAGACAUCGGGUGGCCGCCGUGCUUCGUCUCGGGCCCCAGGGGGGAUGCUUUCGUGGGUCCUCGGCACUUUCCAGCCUCG